AAGUGUAUGAAGGCAUGGUAGCCGAACGUGGACUGCAGACUCAGCAUUCAAAGGAAAAGUGAAGGGGGAAAGUCGGCGGUGGAUAUGAGGUGCCAUAUAAGUAGACAGAGAGGACUUUCACCGGCAACACACCUGGAGAAGUCUACAAUGCAACAGGGAGUUUACACACUGGGAAGGAUUAGCACUUAACGAAAAAGUAGCAAGCGGAUUAAAACACUUGCCUCUAAACAGCAGCUAAGACAAAAGGCUGCACAACCAGGUCUUCUCUGUAACUGUCGAACAAGCCCGAUCAUGUCGAGGAAGAGUUUACCAGGUUGUGAAGGUAGCUGCUGCCUCGGUUUCUGACGGAGAAGUGUGUGCAUGUGUGGGAUUCUACUGACCCUAUUUGUUCAGGAAGACAGAUGGCAUUAUGCUUUUAAAAUUCACCACUACCUGAGGAUUCUUCUGUCAAACAAAGGAGGACCUACAAAAGGACACACUUCCGAGGACAUACAGAAACAUUGAAAUAUAUCUCAAACAGAUCUAGCAAGAUGCCGCUCAGAACAUCAUUGUACAGAAAGCCAUCCUCUGCUCGUUGGCCCAGCAGGAAGCGCAGGGAGGUGCUGUCGGUCAACAUGAUUAGCCUCCCACUGGCUGAUUUCCGACACAUCUCGCACAUUGGCAAUGACGCCCAUACAGACAGCUUUGGAGACCUGUCCUUCUUAAAAAUGGGACACAAUCUGCUUCUACAGAGCUCCCAGAGUGAGCAGAAUCUCUUCCUGGCCUGCUCUCCACCACCCAAGCCCCCACGUUUGAACCUGGACGGGGCAGAGGGUGCAGAGAGCCCUGACUGGAAUGCAGGUCACCAACAAAAGAUGGCUCAGAAGAGGAAGAAAUGCAGCUCCAUGCCGCUUCUGGACAGCGAGGAAGGAGACGAUCAGAUAGAAAAGGAGGAUGGGUACCAAAGAGGGAAUAACGCUGCUUCCAUUCAGACUCACAGGUCUGGAUGUGGCAGCCUGAGCUCAGACAAGGACGGAGACUCCACAGACACCUAUGACACAACUGCUGGACAGCAAAACGACGAGGACAGUGGCUUUUCCUUCAGCCUCGACCUGGGCCCUUCAAUCCUGGAUGAUGUUCUGCAGGUGAUGGACAAACUACACAACUAGACCAGAUAUUUGGCAAACAGCAAAGAAAGGAAACAUUUGGAAAACAUUAAAGAGAUACAAGCUGAACUGAUUUUAUGGGACAAAACAACAUCCUGGUAUGAUGGUUGUUGUUUGAAUAUACAUGGAGCUUUUUGAAUCUGGCAUCAACUCAGGACCGACAUUUUUGAUGGAUAUAAACUACUACAUUGACAAGACUGAUGAACUGAUGAGAAAUUAUGACUUUCUUUUAUUUUUCAGCCAAAGGUUUUGUGAUUUUUUUUGGUGUCUGGAGCACACAGAAGCCAACAGCAUAUUUUCUUUAAAGAGACCCUUUGCAGAGGUGAAUAUAAGGUUUUAGUUAAUAAUUAACUUCUGUCUAAAGCUUUGUCAAAACUCAAAGCUGGACACUUUAACCUUCCUCUAGUUUCCUCUUUAGCUAAUGUACUGAAAACGGCUGUUAAGACUUAAAGAGUGUUGUGUUUAAGAAUAGAAAAGUUGCGGCUGGAAUCCAAGGUCCUCUAGCUGCGAUGUCUUGGCUCUUGGCGUGCUUGCCAAUCUAUUGUGUGCACAGGGCAAUUUUUCCUCCGCACGCAUCCCAGAGGCCCCACUUUAAGGGAGACCGAGGUACCCCCCAUCUCUCGUUCCCAACAAUGCAGUGAAAACAAACACUUAGCUCUGCUUCCAAUAAAGGCAGCCAGUAGUGGCAGGUUGGGCUGCGGACCAAGCCAGGCCACAGGUCCAAGACCUCAGAGGGAAAAAAAAAAGAAAAAAGAAGCCAGAACAGGCUGUUUUCUUAGCUGCAAAUCAGAGUCCCAUGCUCUGGUGAGUGCCGCACGAGAAGGAAAGGGGUAAAGGGAAACGUGAUACUUCCACAUAUGCAGGGGGUGUCGAGGGAGGAGGACCAGAAACAUCCAAUACUGCAGCAAAAGUCCUGAUGAAGGUUUAAACACUACCUUCUGACCAAACAGACCCCCAACACGCGAAAAGUGCAAUGCGUGACUCCCACUUACGCUGACAUCGAACAUUUUUUUGACGCAUGAUCAAAAUGAAAUUUUUGCAGACAAUCUUAGGUUUUCUUAGGUCUGUGCUUUAGCAGGGGGUUGCCAUGAAGACUGUCGAAUUCCUAUGUUUCCCACCGAACACUCCAGAAUACAUGAUCGACAAUUGUCCCGCUUCUAGCAACAGAUAUGGAAUUCUAUGUAUGUCAAAACAGAAACAGAACUGUUUGUGGGUAAGUCUGCAAUCUGUUUUGGCAUCUCCCAAUUUAAACUGGAUAUCAAUGUUCCUUUUUCCUUCUGUAUCCUAUGACAAUAACACAUUGUGAAACAUUUCAUGCAUUGAAAACAUGUACUGUUUUGUGCUUUGGCGAAGUAAAGAAAAUAUCUUUCAAAUUCCAAAA